GCGUGGCCAGCAGGGCCCCCGGGGCGGGGCGCCACAGGUCUACACUUUGGAGCAGGUGUGGACGCCCCAGGAGUGUGACGAGGUCCUGGCGGCUGUGCGCGCGGCGGCGGCCGCCAACGCCGCCUCUGCGGCGGCGACUGGCACCCAGGCCUUGUCGGACGGCUGGACGACGGAGCGCCAUGCAGCGUACGCGACGACUGACCUCCCCUGCAGCGCGGUCCCUGCCAUCAGCGCGUGGGUUCGCUCCUCAGUGCGGAGCCGCGUGUUCCCGAAGCUAGCACAGCGGCAUGGCUGGCUCCCGGCACUCGGCGACAAUCGGUCGUGCCCGGAGCACGCUGGCUCGAGGCUGGCUUUCCGUGAUCUGUUCUUCGUCCGGUACACAGCAGGCGGCCAGAGCGGUCUUGCUCUUCACCGAGAUGGCUCUGUGAUAUCGUUCAACAUCCUGUUGAACGAGCCCACAGACUUCGAGGGCGGCGGCACCUUCAUUGAAGCCGACGAUCGCGCCUACCUCAUCGGCAAGGGCGACUGUUUCGUUCACAGCGGCAAGCUGCGCCAUGGAGGCAACCCCGUUACACGCGGCGAGCGCCUCGUGCUCGUCGGAUUCAUCGACGUCCUGGAGGAGGGCGAGACGCUCGAGGCGGACGACAUGUGACCUGGUGGUCCAGUUCCCCUCGGAGUCCGCUCAGGUUCUCGACAUUGGAGCGGCGUCGUCGUUGCCGCGAGGCGACUGAGACGCUGAUCUGACAGGGUCGGGUCUUGGCGGCGAGCGACUACAGAGCGAGGCGUCGGGCUCGCGCCUGAAACUCGUGGCCCGUUUGCGAUCGCGCGCGCGCAAUGCCAUGUCAGUCGGCUCUAUUUGGAGCGGCUCCGCCGCCAGUCGCAAGGUCACGAUGGAUCUGGGUCGUCAGAAUGCCGGCUUUGAAUUAGUCAUUUCGUACGCAGCGCAUGGGCUGUCGUGUCUUCUGGGUGUCCUCUUUGUCCUCACCGUGCUUUUUCCCCCAAUUGCAGGGCGACCGCGUUCGCAAGGGGGAGAUGCGG